CACAUAUAUCUAUACUUACCUAUCAUUUGAAAUCAGACUUAUCUCUCUCCAAAAAAUCACCAGUUUAUACUAAAGUUUUCAACUCGACGCAACUAAAACCAGUAUUUAAGUGCAAUUGUAGUGCCUUUCACGAACGAUCUACGUAAAGUUCAUUGGUGAUUUUGUUUAUUCAAACUGGCAGUACUGAGUUUCAUAACAAUCAUAAUUUGUAAAAUUGUGCAUAUAGACGUAAGGUUUAUGUAUGUAAUAUAGGUGUACAGCUCAGACAAGAGGAGAGAGGAGGAGAUUGAGGAGCAACUCUCGACUCUCGAGAUGAACAGAUGAUGAGAUAACGAGAGCCAGCGCUGAUAAGUAGGUGGUGUUAUUCUCCAAGUGUGUGCUCGUGCUAGUUACCUCACUCUCAGUGGUCGAGAGUCCAGCUGGUGGCUGUAAAGAAAAACUCUGUACACUCUUGUAUUUAUUUGUUAACAAUUGUUUGAAAUUUUUGUUCCAACAUUGCUGGACUGUUGCAUAUUUUUUACUUGUGCCUGAAUACUUGACCUACGAAUGCGAAUAUAGUAGAUAUGUGUCGUGAAAUUACUCAUUGAUGACAAAGGCAUGCAUAUACUUACAUAUAUUACGUGAAUUAAUGUUUGCCAAUUUUGCCACGCGUCUGAUCGUCUGGCUCUAGUGUCAUGGCAAUUUUGGAGUGAUGUAAAAAAACGGAGCAGCGCAGGUAAACGGCCCUUUUUCGAUAAAACUAUACUUACACCUGUACAGAGGUGAUGAGGCUUGCGCGUCAGUGGCCAAUUAUUCUUCGUUGUUUACAUUUUUUCUGUCAUUUUAUUUUUCCAAUCAGUGGAAUAUAUCAUGGCAGACAAGUGCAAGGAGUGUGGCUGCACAUGUAAACGAUGCAUCAAAAAUGAGAGAAAGCUCAGCGAUAUGCACCUGCAUGAGGAAAUAGAGAAUUUGAAGCAGUGUCUUGUUGAGAGGGACAACCACAUCUUGACAAUGGAGACGCAUUUUUUUAAUGAAGCUGAAAAAUUUCCCAAUGGAGAACUGGCAUCCUUGAAGGAGGAAAUAUUUGUCUGGGAAGACAAAUAUACCAGAUUGCACGAAGCGCACAAGCGUGUACAGAAAGUCAACCAGAGUCUUGAGGAUAAGCUAUUGAAAAUAGUUGACAAAUGUGAGACUGAGAAGAGUGCCUUUGCCAAGGACAUCGCUACUCUGUCCCAUAGACUGGCCGAGGCUAAUUACACCAUUCAUCAGUUAACUCAGGAUAAUGAAAAAUAUAGAAAUGAUGUUAAUCUUGCAAUUCAACUUCUCCAAUGCAAACCAUUAAACUUUGUUGGACAAAAAUACGAAUCGUUACCCCCUGAAGUCCAAGUUAAAGUCAGAGCCUACAUUUCGCAAAAAGGGCCUAAUAACAAUGAAGUGCCAAAUACCGAAUUGAGAAGUAUAACUGUGCCGAUAUCCACGUUCCCACCAACUGCUAUGGUUUACAAUAUCGCGAAACCAGUAACUACUAAGCUGGACUUUAGCAGUGACGACGACUCCAAGUCACCUGUAGAUAUAGUGUCUGCUGCUAUAAUGGCAAAAAUUUUAGAGGAAAGAGAAAAGGAUCGAAUUUUCGCACGCCAUUGCAACACUUGCUCGUGUCAUCGUAGUAUUUUAAAAGUCGACACCGAGAGCCAAACGGAGAUGAGCGAAGGUGCAAUUACUAGUACUAAAGAUUACUCUAAGAAAUGUGAUAGCAACGAGCUCAAGAAUCCGAAAAACGGGUCGAAAGACGCGUCGAAGCUCGAGAGCCGUGAUAUUAGUUCUAACAAGGGACGAGCACAGUCGAGCGACGUCAAUGUGAGAUACGGAUCAAGAGAAUCCGCGUGUACCAAUAGUUUUAGCAUCAAUGGCGACAACUCGAGAGCCGUCACUAAUCAUAAGUCAGAAGAGAAUAAUCAAAUAAACCUUAGAAAUACGAAUAAAUUAAGAAACGGUCUACCAAGAGAAGGUAAAGCGUCGGAGAAGCAAAAAAUUUUGGACGACCAAGCCAAGCUGGAUCUUAUAAAUCAGCGAUUGUGGAAGAACAGCGCAAGAACAAGCGCACAAGCUCUUCCACCGACCAAAGAAAGCCCUGUCCAGCUGGACGUGAUAAACGAGCGUACUUGGAGGUACAGUAGCAAUAAUUCCAGUAAAACUCCGGAAAAGCCAAUCGAGCCGGCGAGGCUGACGGUCAUCGAAGUGCGAAGCUCCGAUGAUCUGACCAACCAGAGCGAGAAGGUGCAGAUGGAAAUUACGACCAGUCCGAGCUUGAGCAACGACAGCAUGAUCAUUUCAUCAUCCGAUCCCUCAAGUCUUUCGAGCGACGUGGCUGUUAACCACAAUAAUCAUCAAACGGCCCACUCGAACAACAGUAGCAGCGACAAGAAAGAACGUCCGCUUAGCGGACCUCGAAACUGCCUGAUGCGAGUAACACCAGGCUCAAAGAAUGUCCUCCUGGACAACGUGGGUGCUUACCAAACUGUUUUGUACACCAGUGGCAGUAGGCCCAGUACGGCACUGGUGCACGUUCCGAAAUCCUCUUCACGCUCCGGUAGAUCCGCGUCGAUGAGUAGCGAGGAGAACGACAACACGCAUCUGCAGAGGGUCGCUCAGUGGGUAGACACCCUAUCGCACAACAGCAACAGUACGAACGAUACCAAUCAUAAUAACAACCAGCUACCCGAUGCCUCGUCCAUGUUGUCGUCCUCCGAUUCAGCGCAAGACCCGUUGUUAUUAAAUCCUAGACCCGUUGAACCCCGAAAGCCUAACAAUGCCCCGAUUAGUCAAGAAGAGGUCGAGGAGCAAAGGGACCUGAUGAGUUUCGAAGGCUUCAGCGACGACGAGCAUACCAAGUUUGCUCUCAACAACGAUAAACAAGACAAUAUCACCAAGCAGAUCGAGGAGACGUACAUGAAACUCGCGGCAGAUCUCGGCCCAGCGCCGGUUGUGCGGCAGGAUUACACGCAAAUCGACAUGAUGACCAUCGAGGAGUACAGGAGGGAACAGAAACGCUUGCAAAAGAGCUCGCAAGCCAAGUUUUCGUCGAGAACGUAACUGGGAGCGUGUCUCGUUCACGGUAUGCCCGUAUCCAAAUAGUUUUCCACUCGGGUGUCGUUGUCGAGGGAUCUGGUGAGUGCACGCUGCGUUCGUGACUGAUGAAUAAAUGCGCCAAAUUUUCAACGUUAGCCUAGCUAUGGAAUCAUUUUUUUUUUUUUUUCUAUGUCAAAACUGGAAAAAAAAUAACAUUCACCUCUAUUUUGUACUUCUAUUCUAACAAAAGGAUUUUUUUUUUUUUUUUUGUAUUGACCCCGUUUUCCUUAUGAUUCAAACUUAUGUUUGUUGGAUGUGUACAUACGUUUUUUCUGGGGUAUAGAUAAUGAUUUAACAUUGGAGUACAAACUGUAACUGUUUUCUAAACUUUCCAAACUCUAAGGACUCCUUGGUCCUUUUCAAUACAAACCCUUUACGUGUACUCUAAAGAUUUACUAAAAAUUUACGACUUUUCGUCUGAUUUUAAUUUCAGCCUAAACUUAUGCAGUAAUUGACAUUUUUUUGAUAUUCGUUAAAAACAUUUUUUAUUACAAUAUGUGGUUGAUGAAUUUACGAAAACAUAAUCUUGAAUCAGUUCCUGAAUGUUAUUCAUUUGUAGAAAAAUUAAAAAAAAAAAAAUAGACAGUAGUUAAAAUCUCUAGAACAUUAAUCGAAAUAGUAUGAAAAAAAUAUUUAGAAAUAUUUUUUUACAUUACGUGAAUACCUGCGUAUAAAUUCGAGUAAAUAUUUUUAAACACUAUUUCAACUAAUAAUUAUUAGAUUUCAGAAUUUUUUUUAAACUCUAGUAACGAAAAAGUACUUCCGUUAGGCUAUAUAUUUUUUAUAAUAAAAACAGUGGUAGCUUCACAUAUUAAAGAUAUAAAAAAAGAAAAUGUAUCUCUCUAUCAUUUAUUUUGGUAGUUUGAAAGCAAUCAUUUGAAAAUUUCUAUAUAAUCAAGUUAGACACACUUUGGCCUAUAAAUCGAUGGACUCGUAAUACUAUGGUGUUGAAACUAUAAUUAUAUUGUACGAAGCAGUAUUUCAUGAUGAUAGCAAUAAUGCACACGUUGUAUUCAAUCGCUUCAUAUAUAUUCGAAGAGCUUUUAUUUAUUCGUGUCAAGAAAAUAUCAAAUCAACGAUGACAUAAACGCGAUAUUUGUACGUGUAAGACUUUCAAAAAUUUUUCGUCGCUAUUGAUUCGAGUUAAUGAACUUUCUAGUGCUGAAAAUUCGUUGUGAAUUAUCUUAAGUGGCGAAAUUUUAAUGAAGUAAUAUCUUAGACAAUAAUUAUGCUUACCGAUUUAUAAGAGGUGCUAGAAAAAAAAAACAAAAAAAAAAAAAACAUUUUUUAUCCAAUCAAAAUCUAAAACAAAUUUGUUACAGCUUAAUGAAUUAAUUGAUGGUUGUCAUGAUAUAUACACAUUCAAGUAUUAACCAAUAAAUUAGCUGAAGCUCCGAGAGUGUUUUUGAUAUUCUCUUUUUGGGUACACUAUUAUUAAAUAUUCAAUUUUACGUGUGGAGGCAUGAUUUUUACGUUGGAACGUGAAAAUAUCUUACCAAAGAUGACAAGAAAAGAAAGCGAACCAAUCGCUAUUAAUUUAAAAGUACGUGCUUACGUUACACCAAUUUUUAAAACUUUCAUUGGCAUGAUUAUGUGGAAACUCGGUAGCAGUUUUCAGACGACCUCAUACCAAUAACUCUGAUUAUUUAUCCAUUUUUUCUUCGGAUUUUCACGCGAAAAUCAUGAACAUGUACAUAAUUUUGUUUAAAAUGUUUUCGAUGUAUUUUUCUGAAACCCGGACUACCCGUGAGUGAGAAGUUGAUGUGAACAUGUAUACACGAGCGUUCAUUGUAUUAAACGAUAACAAAAAUUGAUGUUGUAGCCAGUGAUAAUUUAAUUCGUUUACCGCGGCGAUAACGUACCUACUAUAUUACACACGCGUAUAUUUGCAAUGUUCUCACUUUAUUUGUGAACAUUGUAGUUCAAAACGUUUGCCAGUACAAGUAUACCACUGACAAUUUGAGAUACUAUAUGUAUAUGAUUGUACUCGAGUGUUUGGAAGCUUUAAAAAAAAAGUUGACAUGAUUUUCUAUUGUGUACAAGAAAAUAGAAAACGCAUACAAAAAACGAUGCCCAUCGCACACAUAUAUUAUGUAUAACGAGAAGGAAAAAAAAAAUAAAAAAUAAUGUAACAAUUUUGAUAAUAUGUAACACGUUUCGAAAACUAAAAACCCAUGGUACAUGUAUAAAAUAUAGCUGUACAUCAGGCAACGUAUGACUCGACGACUAGCGAAAACUUAUGUUUCAGUUGUAUUUUUAUACGAUUACUCGUUUUGGUGAAAGUAACGGCUGUAGUUUUUUAAUUUAAUCGGAAAAAAGAGGCAGAGCGUACACGUAUGUAUUCGUAUGAUUUUACGUUUCCAAUCGACUCGAAAAUGAUAUUGUACAUAUUUGAAAGUGUAUUGGUUUGAAAAAAAAAAUAAAUAAAUAAAUAA